AUGGAAUUGCAAAUGGCAUCUGGUGAGCUAGAGAUUUUUGCAAGGGAUGAAGAGAAGAAAUUGAGGGAAGAUGUUGUGCUUAGCAAAAUUGCUGAAUUGGAGAGAAAAGAUUUGGUAAGGAUCCAGCAAAGGAGGAAUCAAGGCAGCUUUGACUUUCUGGAAGUAGGUGCGAUUGGCUCUACUGGUGGUCUUUUGUGUGUUUGGAAUCCUCGAGUCUUUUUGCUUCAGGAUAGUUGUUGUUCUAGGAAUUUUAUUAUGGUAGCUGGUAAAGUUAAAUCUGAUUUUGAUGGUGUGCUAGUCAAUCUUUAUGCUCCUAAUGAAGUUGUCAAGAGAAGAGAAUUAUGGGAUUUGAUUGUUAGGAUCAAACCAUUGUUUCCCAAGCCCUGGUGCAUUAGGGGUGAUUUCAAUGAGAUUAGGUGUAUUAGUGAAAGAGUAGGUUGCUCCAGGAGAAGUGUGGGUAUGCACGAUUUUAAUGAGUUCAUUGAUAAUCUUGAGGGGGGUGGAGCUACCAAUGAGGAUAAUAGGGAAUGGGGUCCUAAACCCUUACGAUUUAUGAACUGUUGGGUUCUUCAUUCUGACUUUCUACCUAUAACUGAAAAGGUUUGGCUUGAAGGAGGGUUUGAAGGGUGCGCUAGUUAUAAGUUGUUCCAAAAAUUGGGUCGUUUAAAGAAGCAUCUUAAGGAGUGGAAUGUAACUGUGUUUGGUAACCUUUCAUCCCAGCGAAGACUUGCUGAGGAGGAGUUCCAUCAGCUGGACUUGCUAGCCGAGUCUGGAGAGUUAUUGGUUGUCGAGAGGUCCAGAAGAGCUGAGUUGAAGGAGUUAAUUUGA